GACAUGAGUGGUCUAAACCUAGGAGGGAAUACACUGGCGUUGGAUCUCAGCGUAAACGUUGAAAGCCUCGGUCUUAGCUCCAUGUUCGGUCAGAAGAGAGGAAUGUAGGGCUCACUUUAUGUUUUUGAUUCGUAUGGCACCUCUGGACACUUUUUUUUCCAGCGUAACCCUUUUCUCUGAUGACUCUCAUUUUUGAGCGCUUGCUUUGAUUUAAUAUUUCAGCCCCACUUGUAGGUCACUGCUGGUGAAGGAGUCUGCUGAAUGACUUAUUAGGUGAUGUAACAUGGUGAUGGUGCCUACUGGCAGAGGGAAUGAGGUCCAGGAAAGAAAGGACAUCCCUGGGUCUCCAUCGCCGUUGAUGCUCCCUGGUGGAGGAGGACUGCUCGGUGAGGAGGAGACGCAAUAGGUGACCCGACGAUGAGAGCAGCCCCGUUGGCCCUCAGACUGCUGUGUCUGGCCGGGCUGUGGCCCCUGGCACGCCUCACUGGGGGCCACAGCCCCAGCAAGAGGAGACAUAAGGAGGUGUACCUGGGCGAGGAGACACGCAAUAAACCUGGAGGGCGGGUGGACUUCCGUCUGAAGAAGCAGGACAGCACCAAGUCUCUGCUCAUCAAGUCGGAGCAGCUACUUCGUAUCGAGGACCACGACUUCGCCAUGCGCCCCGGCUUCGGAGGCUCAGCCAUCCCCGUAGGCAUCGAUGUUCAGGUGGAGAGCAUCGACAGCAUCUCUGAAGUCAACAUGGACUUCACCAUGACCCUGUACCUGAGACACUACUGGCAGGACGUCCGCCUGGCCUUCCCUUCCGGCAGCAACAAGAGCCGCACCUUCGACGCUCGGCUGGUGAAGAAGAUAUGGGUCCCCGACGUGUUCUUCGUCCACUCCAAGCGCUCCUUCAUCCACGACACCACCAUGGAGAACAUCAUGCUGCGCGUGUACCCCGACGGGAACAUCCUGUUCAGCGUCAGGAUCACGGUGACAGCUCUCUGCUCCAUGGACUUCAGCAGCUUCCCCCUCGACACUCAGAACUGCACCCUGGAGCUGGAGAGCUAUGCCUAUAAUGAGAAUGACCUCAUGCUGUACUGGAAGAAUGGGAACGACUCGCUGAGGACCGAUGAGAUUGUGCUGUCCCAUUUCUUCAUUGAAUCCUUCCACCCCUCCUACGGUCUGGCCUUCUACAGCAGCACUGGCUGGUACAACCGGCUGUACAUUAACUUCAUCCUGAGGAGGCACAUCUUCUUCUUCAUGCUGCAGACGUACUUCCCCACCAUGCUGAUGGUCAUGCUGUCCUGGGUGUCCUUCUGGAUCGACCGCCGCGCCGUGCCCGCACGCGUCUCUCUCGGCAUCACUACAGUGUUGACGAUGUCCACCAUCAUCACAGGUGUGUCGGCGUCUAUGCCCCAGGUGUCCUAUGUCAAGGCUGUGGACAUCUACCUGUGGUCCAGCUUCCUCUUCGUCUUCCUGUCCGUCAUUGAAUACGCAGCCGUCAACUACUUCACAACCAUGGAGGAGAUGAAGAAGCUCAGGCGGGCCAAGGUCCCUCCCUCCUUCAAUUCCACUACGCAGGCCAUGGCCUUCGACGGCUGUUACCACGACAACGACAUCGACCUGGCCUCGUUCGGCGAAGCGGCAAGCACGACCAACACUGAGAGGACCGCCCACUCUCGGGACUCUGUCGCAGACUCCGCCCCCGGAGAGGGCACCAGACUGCGCCGCAAAAACCCUGUCGUGCGAAAGCUCCAGUAUGUUAUGAGCAACAGCCAUAUGAUAGACUCCUACUCCCGGGUCAUAUUCCCCAUGUCCUACCUGCUGUUCAACGUCAUCUACUGGAGUAUGUACACAUAGGGCUUGGACGACAGGGGAUUUUAGAGAUGGAUGCACCGUAUGACUGUACUUGAAAUAGUGCUGAUGUUGGACACAAAGUGGAAACACGAAUGACAUCGGGCAGUGACUCCUUCUUGGCAUUCUCAAAAAUAUUAUUGUACUUUUCUUCCUUUUUUGCGGUGGGCAAUAUACGAUGAGCUACAAUAUCAUUUUGUGUGUUUUGGAUGUGCGUGUGUCUGUUCUUUGUAUCAGACAAAACUGAUUUUUUUUUUAAGUAUAUAUUGUUUUGUAGUUAAACAUUGCAUUUGCCUGUGGAAAAAUGGUAAAACGUAUUUUUGAAUGUAUACAUUUCCUUGAAUUAAUGUGUAAAAAUGUGUCAUUCUAUGCAUCAUCAUGGUGAGAAUACUGAAUCACAAACUUAAAAACCAUGACCAACAUGGUCCAAAGGCACCAUCAGACCUUCAUACUAUUCAUUCAUUAUAGUCAUUCAUUGUAUGAUGAAUCCAAAAUAAAUCAA